AUGUCAGUUUCUCCCUCUGCUGGAGCUCAUUCUUACACUCCUGUCGAUAUGAGUAAAAGACAAAGAGUUGGUUUUGAUUUACAUGAAUUGGAAGAAUGGGAAGAGGAUGUUGAAUUUACUCAAGAAAUUGUCAACCAGUGCAUAGAGUCAGAAAAACGGAAUAAAUCUCAACCUCAUUCUAAUUUGAUUGUUUCCAUUGACAAGAAUAGUCAAGAAGCUCAUCUACGUGCUCUUUCUCGAGAAUUGGAAAUGGCAAAUGUAAAGACCGAACUACUGGAAAACGAACUUAUUUGUUACGAAGGAAAAGUCAGAGAAAUGCAGGGAAAACUUCAUCAUCUUCAGUCUGAGAAAAGCCGAAUAAUUUUUGAUAAUCAAUCUGAGCGGUGUCUAAUAAAUAUAAAUCAAUAG